AUGGUACUCGGACACAGACGGCACUCGCUGUCGAGCAACCGCUCCUCGACCGACGAAACGCGGGACAACUCACAGGUCACCGGCGACGAUGAGACCGUGGUGGACUCGGAGCAGAGCAAUGUUCUCUCCCACAUCAUCUCGCAGCUCCGUCCCGGCGCCGACCUCAGCCGGAUCACUCUCCCUACUUUUAUAUUGGAGCCUCGAUCCAUGCUGGAAAGGAUAACCAACUUCAUGGCCCACCCGGAGACCCUGCUUCCCAUGCCCGCGAUCGAAGAUCCGCACGAGAGAUUUGUAUCCGUUGUUAAGUUUUACCUCAGUGGCUGGCACAUCAAACCACCUGGGGUCAAGAAGCCUCUCAACCCCAUCCUUGGCGAGACGUACACUUGCUAUUGGGAUUAUCCGGAUAAGACGCGGGGUUACUACAUCUCUGAGCAGACCUCACACCACCCGCCUAAGUCGAGCUACUUUUACAUGGCUCCCGAGCACCACAUCCGCAUUGACGGCACGCUGAAGCCCAGGAGUAAGUUUUUAGGUAACUCUGCUGCUAGUUUGAUGGAGGGCCUGGCAGUCAUGAGAUUCCUCAACCACAACGAGAGAUAUUUCAUCACUCAACCUAACAUGUACGCGCGUGGCAUCCUGUUCGGCAAGAUGAAGUACGAGCUCGGGGACCACAGCUUUGUACGCUGUCCGGAGUUGGGCUUAGAGGCCGACAUUGAGUUCAAAACCAAGGGAUGGGUUGGUGGGACAUACAACGCCAUCGGUGGUUACAUUAGGGAUAUGAAGACAGGCAAGAAUUUGUACGAGCUCUCUGGGUUGUGGACUGGGGAGAUGCACGCCAAGAACUUGUCGACGGGCAAGAAGCAGCUUCUGUUUGACGCAUCGCAUGCGAGGGAAACACCACCCUUGACUCGCCCUCUCUCAGAACAGGAUGAGCGGGAAUCCCAAAGACUAUGGCAGAAGGUCACCGCAGCUAUCAAACAAAGAGACCAGGUUGUAGCUACCGACGAAAAGUCCAGGAUCGAAGACAGACAGAGAGAGGAGGCAGCGAAGCGGUCGGACGAGGGUGUUGACUGGCACCCCCGGUUGUUCCGGGCUGUUAAAGGCGGACCGGGCGGCCCGGAGGAAGGCGAAGAAGACCUUGACUGGAUCAUCCACACCAGGAUUGACGGCGCGACCCCAGCGGAGCAGACGAAGCAGAUUUUAGCCAUAGCUCCCAUCAUUCCGGGGCAACAUGCGCAGCAAAAGUUCCCGAUUCCCGAACGGAAGCAUGAGGAUCUGCAACAGCCGGCUGCUGGCGGAGGUGACCUAAUCGAUUUCGGCCAGAACCAGACAGCACAGCACCCAGAGGGCAAGGCGUCCCGUUUCGUCUCUCGCAAGGACUCGGAUACCCAGGACAUAGAUGAGUUUGUCGAUGCCGAGUCGUGA